GAGAAAGAGAGAGAAGAAACAGAGAGAGAACAAGAGAAAGAGAGAAGACAGAGAAGAAGAGAUAGAAAGAGAAGAGAGAGAAGAGAGCGAAGAAAGAGAGAAUUUAGAGAGAGAGACGAAAGCGAGAAUUUAGAGAGAGAGACGAAAGCGAGCGAGCCAGAGACGAAAGCGAGCGAGCCAGAGACGAAAGCGAGCCAGGAAAAAGAGAGAGAGACAGAAGAAAGCAAGAGAGAAGAAAGAGAGAGGGAGGAGAGAGAGAGAGAAGAAAAAGAGAGAGAGAGAGAGAGACAGAGAGAGACAGACAGACAGAGAGAGAGACAGAGAGAGAGACAGGAGAAAGAGAGAGAGGGACAGGAGAAAGCAAGAGAGAGAGAGACAGGAGAAAGAGAGAGAGAGAAGAAAGAGCAGACAGACAGACGAAAGAGAGAGAGGGACAGGAGAAAGCAAGAGAGAGAGAGACAGGAGAAAGAGAGAGAGAGAAAGACAGAGCAAGAGAAGCAAGAGAAGAAAGAGAGAGAGCGAGAG